AUGGAUGAUUUCGACGACGAUUCUUUUAAUGAUGUUUUGGGCUCCAUGGAAAUGCCCACAUCGCCCAAGAAGCCUAAGGUGCAGCCCAGUACCAUCCAGCCCGUUCCCGCUGCGACAUCAACCGCUAAUAGCAGCAACAACACUUCCGCUUCAAUAACAGUCGCCAAGCCGGCUUCAAAUCCUCACAGCGUCCUUGUCCACAGCAAGCAGCGAGGCAAUCCAAUACUAAAAUCUAUACAGAACGUACCUCUGGAAUUUCGCGAUGACAUUGUACCCGACUAUGUUGUGGGCCGCACUUCCUGCAUCCUUUUCCUAUCGCUCAAGUAUCACAAUCUCAAUCCAGAUUACAUUUGUCAGCGACUGAAGGCUCUGGGCAAGAUGUACGAGCUACGUGUCUUGCUGGUCCAAGUAGACACGCCGGAGCCGCACAACGCUCUUAAAAGCUUGACUCGGAUAUCACUGCUAGCAGAUCUUACCAUGAUGCUGGCCUGGAAUGCAGAGGAGGCUGGCAAAAUAAUUGAAACCUACAAGCAGUUUGAAAAGCGCCCACCUGAUUUGAUAAUGGAACGAGUGGAAUCGAAUCCUCAUCAAAAGCUGGUGGCCGCUCUGACCAACAUCAAGCCUGUGAACAAAACGGAUGCCGUCACGCUUCUUCAGACUUUUGGCAACCUGGGAAAUGUGAUCACUGCCAGUGAGGAGAGACUGUCACAGGUGAUGGGUCUGGGGCCCCGUAAGGCCAAAAGGUUAUUUAAAACCCUGCAGGAACCCUUUCUUAACAAGUAGUAUUUGAGAUUAUUUAAGAGAAAAAUCAUUAUUAGGUCAAGAUUAUCUGUAAUUUAAAUACUUUUAUUUCUUAUUAGGAAGAAACUUUAUUCGUAUAAAAAUCAAACUACUCUUUGCUUAAA